AUGGGCCAGAAGCCAGCCACCCAUGCCGUCAAUGGGAACCCCACGGUCCCUUCAUUCCCAGCGGAGACACAGACGGCAAUUUUUGGCAUGGGGUGCUUCUGGGGAGCAGAGCAGCUCUUCUGGAAGAUGCCGGGGGUCUUCUCCUCCACCCAGGUGGGCUACGCGGGAGGCUUCACCCCCAACCCCAUCUACGAAGAAGUGUGCACAGGGCUGAUGGAGCAUGCCGAGGUGGUGAGGGUCAUCUUCAAUCCUUGGAAGCUCAGCUACAAGGAGCUUCUCAAAGUCUUUUGGGAGAACCAUGACCCCACACAAGGCAAGCAGCAGCAGGAGGACCUGAGCACCCGGUACCGCUCCGUCAUCUACACACUGGGCCCCCAGCAGCAGGCAGCUGCCCUCCGCAGCAGGGAGGUGUACCGGCAGGUAGAUGGGGACACCGGGACCCCCCCUGGGGACACCGGGACCCCUCCUGGGGACACCGGCCACCGCCAGCGCUUCCAGGCAGCCUCUGGCUUCCAAAACACAAGAAAUUCCCCCAAAAACGCCGACGCUGUCCCCCCCGGGAACACCGGGACCCCCAUGCUCGCCCUCCCUGCCCUGCGGCAGCCGGGCUGA